ACUCCCCAAAGAAAAGGCUAAACAUAGACUCCUAAAGUGAUGGCUUCAAGCAGCAGUCCUAGUGUUUCUAGUCGUAGCUAUAGCUCUAAGAGUCUUGGUGGUAAGCCAGAGCGUCCUCCUCCUCCUCGUCACAGUGCUAGUGUUCCUUCUUAUCCAUCUACUGGUAUUUUACCCAAUGUGCCUCCUUUACCGCCUGAAAGACUGAGAUGGUUUUAUAUGGAGAAUGGGAAGAUUUGGAGGCCAUUUUGUGGUCAUGAUUCACUGAAUUUGGAGGAGGCUAGGACCAUUUUGCUUCAAGAAGCUGUGGCAUGUCCAGAUGUGGAGCGAGAGGUAGAAGUGAUGGGUAAUAUGUACAUUGUGGUGCUGCAUUCAAAAGAAUCACCAACUCUUAAACCUAUCUACUGGGAAGCUAAACCUUGUCCAGUCUUAAGAGGCUCUUGGUUUGAAGUCAUAUCCUCCGAGCGCUGGCUGCCACUCAGUCAAGAAGAGGCUGAUCUUCUUGAGGAAGCACAUACAAGAAAGGAUUGGAGAGAAAGAGCUAGAGCAGAUGCCAGUUUGACUGAUUGGGCUAACUCCAACAAAUCACCUGAUGCUAAUAAUGAGAGACGUGGGUCUGCACCUCUGAAAUCUCAAUCACAAAAUACAGUAGUCCUGAAUCAGGUCUCAUGUAAUGGAUAUGAAGCAGUAUGGACUGGAGAGAAUGACAUUGUGAAGAUAAAGACAGACCUGACAUCAAAGUUAUUAAAUAAAGUUGGAGGGAAGGUUGGUAUCAGUCAGCAGUACGGAGCCACCAAGUUGACGAGAGGAUACAAGGAAGCUUGUCUACCUACAAGAACAUCACCGCCCAUUGGCCAUCUUGUUUUUGUGAUACACGGGAUUGGACAGAAUAUGGACGCAUCUGACAUUGUGAAGAGCACCUCAGAUUUGAGGGAUACUUGUAGACAGACUGCUCUGAAGCAUUUCCCUGAUCAAUGGAAGAAUAAAAGAGUUGAAUUUAUUCCAAUUGAAUGGAGGACAUGGCUGACACUAGAUCAAGGUGCAGUGGCCAGUAUAACUCCUCAUGGUGUGAAGGCAUUACGUUCUAUCUUGAAUGACUCUGUACUCGACAUUAUGUUUUAUGUUAGCCCUCGAUUCGGACCUGAGAUUCUUGAUGGUCUGCGUUGGCAGCUGCACAAGAAAUAUGACGAAUUUAUAAGACGUAAUCCUGACUUUAUUUCAAACAAUGGGACAGUAUCAAUGUUUGCUCAUUCCCUUGGCAGCGUAAUGUGUUAUGACCUGAUGUAUGAGACCUGCCAUAUCAAUGGACUACUGGAGAGAAAGGAAAGGGAUUGUACUCCAAUGGAGGUUGAUUUAACAGAUCAUCCAUUUAAAAAUGAGUCAGAUGAAAAGUUUGAAGAGCUGCAGAAGUUAAGAAUAAGAGUAGCUGAACUUGAGUCAGAGCUAGGGAUAAAGAAAGACUUCAAUUCUUUAAAGUUUAAAGUUGAUCACUUGUUUGCUGUUGGGUCUCCAUUAGGUAUCUUCUUAAUGCUGAGGGAACACAGCCCACUAGUGAAGGGAAGCAAAGGAGCUGAUUCACUGCUCCCUUCUGCUAUUUGUAAAAGAAUUCAUAAUGUACACCAUCCUUCAGAUCCAGUGGCGUAUCGUUUGGAGCCACUCAUCAGUCCAGUGUAUGCUCAAGUGAAGCCGGUAAAGAUGGACACUGCUAGUAGCAAACCAACACAGAAGUCAAUGAGUCUAGCUGAAGGACCCAAGACACCAGAAACGACACAGAGUACUAAGAGCAGCAGUAGCAGCAGCUGGACACAAUCACUAAUAUCAGCUGUUGUUAAAAGUGUUGCUUCUAGUAAUGGCGCUGAAACUUCUAAAUCAUUACCUCCUGAUAAAAUUUUUGAUGAUGACACCAAAAUACCACCUGGAGAUCGGUUAAAUGAGAGACUUGAUUUCAUGUUACGUGAAGGACUAACUGAGAACAGUUACUUAAACUCCAUUACAGCUCACACUGGCUACUGGACCAACUCUGACUGUGCAAUGUAUCUAUUGCUUCAAUUGUAUUCUUAUAAAAAGGACAGCAAACUGUGACUGAAUGGUGUAUGGUUGAUUUAUGUUAUAGUGGAUUUCUGUUUCUCUUUCUUUGUGAUUAGCAGUAAUAAUUACUGUUUUAAUAAUAUUAUUUUUAAAAACUGUA